GAUCAACACACAGACUUGAGGGGUGAAUGAACACGAACAACGCAAUAUAUUGGGGUACGAGGGUACCCAUGAAGAUGAUGAAAAGGCCGUGAGAACUUCCCGCUGAUCUUCCAAUAUUUCUCCAAUAUAAUCCACUUUUGAUAUGGAUUGCACCCCGUACACCCCGCAUUAUUGGACGUGCACGAACCUCGGGGAAGAAUUUCACGAAGAAAAGCUAAACGUUGUCAAUUAUUGCUUGUGAUUGUAUUUCACGACUCAAUAGCAGCACCAACCGUGUCUGCGUGUGGAAAGCCGAUCAAUUGAGACAUGCAUGACUCUGAAUGCUCAUGGCUUCGCACAGCAUGCUGGCAUGAAUGACACUCUCUUCAAGACUCAUUUACAACUUUAAUUUUCUUAUCCCAUCUGAUUCUCAGCAUCAUUUCGCAAUCUUCAAGCCUGUGAAUGAAGGUGUUUUGAAAAUGCCUCGCGGAUAUCAAGGUAUCCUCGACAAUGGGUUCAUGGAGGAGAUCAAAACAGAUCACCCAUUGUUGUCUCCGACCGUCACCAAAUCACCUACGAAAUACUGGAAACCUAAAAAGCUGUGCCCGGAUUUCAUAAAGCCUUCAUUUCUAAGUAGAACGAGAGCGCCAGCAAAACCACUCCAUGCAACUGCCUGGCUUGAUGGAUUGAGAGGUUAUGCAGCAUUCUUGGUAUAUGUUCUACAUCAUGAGCUAUGGGCCCACACCGCAGCGAACGGCAAUUGGAUCUUGGAGAUGGGGUUUGGCUAUGAGAAGAUGUACUAUGCGGUUCAAUUACCUUUCGUUCGAACAUUCUUCACAGGUGGCCAUCUCGCCGUGACCACGUUUUUCGUGAUUUCAGGAUAUGUUCUCUCCAGAAAGCCAUUGAUGCUCAUUCAAUCUGGAGAUUUGGCAAAGCUUGGAGAUAAUCUGGCAUCAGCAUUAUUCAGACGUUGGAUAAGAUUAUGGCUUCCAGUAAUCGCCACGACGUUGAUAUAUCUCACCAUAUGGCACAAGUUCAAUCUCUAUCCACUGCCGAGGUCUGAACAUGAAAAGAAUUGGGCCAGUGAGGUAUGGAAAUGGUACUUGGAGAUGAAGAACUUCAGCUACAUCUUCAGGACUGGCGGAGAUCCUUGGCUCUCUUAUAAUGUCCAUGUGUGGUCAAUACCAGUUGAAAUGAAAGGUUCCAUUACCAUUUAUGCGGCUCUUAUGGCAUUUUCAAGAUGCUCACGAAAUGCGAGACUAUACCUCGAGCUCGGAUUAAUUUACUACUUCAUGUAUAUCGCAGAUGGCGCCCAAAAUUCAAUGUUUAUGGCUGGCAUGUUUCUCUGCGAUCUAGAUCUGCUCGCCGAAAAUGAUGACUUGCCCCAUUUCUUUUCCAGAUUCGAUUCUUGGAAAGAGCUCAUUUUCUCUAACCUCUUCGUUGCCGCUAUGUAUCUUGGAGGUGUGCCCUCUUUCAAUUUGGAUGAGAAGGUAUUGAGAAACACUCCUGGGUGGUAUUAUCUAUCCUAUUUGAAGCCACAAGCCGUGUUUGAUUACAAAUGGUUCUACCUUUUCUUUGCAGCGACAUUUCUCGUGGCAUCUAUUCCUCGAAUUCCAUGGCUAAAGAGCUUCUUUGAAACUCGAUUUUGCCAAUAUAUGGGCCAUGUAUCUUUCGCCUUCUAUCUUGUGCAUGGGCCCAUCAUGACACUUCUAGGCGAUAGACUAUACUCGGCGGUCGGCUGGUCACAAGAGAUAUCGGAUGAAAUGUUACCGUGGACCAAUAUAUUCCCAAUUUCGAAAACCGGGCUGUUCGGGAUGGAGCUGAGCUUCUUUGUUCCCCAUCUGAUCCUCUUCCCUGUUACACUUUGGAUUGCGGAGAUUGUUACGAGAUUGAUCGAUGAACCUAGUGUGAGGUUUGCGCAAUGGCUAUACAGAAGAACUCUUGCACCAUCACCUCGUUUGUAGAAUUAUGGAGCCGAACAUUGGGUAUCGAUGUACUUGUCAGCUCGUUUGGGCGUUGUGUAAUUAGAUUAGACGUCAUGGAUCGUGCCUUGUUAUGGCAAAAACCGGCUCGGCCAGUUACCUCAAAAAUUGUCUGACUGCAGCCCUUAAUGCGGUGCUUUUAAAAUGAAUAACGACAAUUGGUUCGUUAACACA